ACAGACGACACGACGACGACCAAGACUAAAAAUCAUGUCACGAGGGGGGAGGAGUAAGCCGACAGCUAACAAAAACAGAGAGACAUGCGUAUGCAGUUUCACACGUCAAUGAUUGUCUACAGAAACGCCGCCAUAUAUUCCAAGGACCCGUGACUUUCCCUGCUUUGCCAUUUCGUUUCCUCUUUUUUUUUUUUAAAAAAAAAAUUGAAGUUUAAAAAAAAAUCUGUAUUAAAAAAAAAUGAAACAUUGAAUCGAGUCCUAACAGAAUUCAAAUCAAACUGAAACCCGACAUGACACCGAAGUAAAUGUAGUUUCUAAAGUAAACAUACAACCUUGAAAGAACAAAAAGGGGAGAAUUUUUGGAAGAGAGCCGCCGUAAAACACAGUAACUCCAAGAUGCGACCGUUUUGAGGAUCCAACAUCAGGGAGACAGACCACUAGUUCAACUGGUUUUGCUCCAAUAUUAUCAAACUGUAUUCCAUUAAAGAUUGGUAUUUCUUAUUUUUUUUUUUUAAUUCGAAAGUUCACCGUAAUUCCCAAGACUCGGGUCCUCCUCUCUUUCCUUGCAAUUCGAGAGAGAUUGCUUUUCCACCCAGAAAAGUCUCCAGAUACGUCCAUUUCUUAGACUUUCUCUCCAAGAAAAGUCUCUCUCUCUCUCCAUAUAAACAAGGAACCUAACCAGAAGCUGAAACUCAGCCAAGAAACGAGAGAGAGAGCAGAAGAUGAGUACCAGAGUUUUCUUGCAAUGUCUGGUCAUGGCGAUGGCUCUCACGGCCAUUGUUGUGGAAGAAGCUUACGGUAUUCCGAUAUGCAACAUCGAUACCAACGAUCUGGGGCAAUGCCGAGCGGCUGUUACUGGGAACCAGCCUCCUCCACCCACCGGCGAGUGCUGCGGAGUCAUCAAACGCUCUGACCUCUCAUGUCUCUGCAAGUACAAGUCUUAUCUCCCCGCCGUCGGGAUCGACCCUUCUAAAGCUACUACUCUCUUGUCUAAAUGCGGCAUCUCUAAUGCUCCUCCUGCGUGCUAUGCUUGAAGAAGUGAGCUGACUGCUUCCACAGGCUUGCCCUAUAUUAUGCUGUACUCGGAGUCCUGCAUUAUUCUAUGUAUCUGUACUAUCUUUCAGAAAUGUAUAACGAUAUUCGCUUUAUGGAUAUAGAAUAACUAUGCUUUAUACAUUAAGAAAGAUGAAAAAGUGCUGAUA